GUUGCUCUGGCAUUUACUCCACUGCACUCUCGAUUUCAUGUCUCUUCUCUUCUCUUCUCAGGACACUGGAGCAGUUCCCUCGCCGACUCCUUCCCAUGUCAUGGCAGCGCAUUAACUCCACUGUUUUCCCUGGGCAAAUCAAUAUCAUCCAGCAAUCCCACUGUUUUCUUUUUCCCUUGCGUUUUCUUACAUUUCUUUUUCUGUGUUUGCGUCGUCCUCAUGCUCCCCCAUCUCAUUUAAUGAGCCACCGGAGUUGUGUUCUGCUGCCUGCUCCCAGACGCAUUAUAUCCCCCUCCCCCUCUCAUUUAUUGCCCAAGAUUCGCAGAAGCUCAUAAUACACCCCCUCCUUUUCCCUCCUCCCUCUUCUUGCUUCGCUCUUCUGCUGUCUGAAUUCGUUGGGAAUGGGAAGAACUCCGUGCUGCGACAAGCAGGGGCUGAAGAAGGGGCCGUGGACGCCUGAGGAAGACAAGAUUUUGGUCGACUACAUCAAGGCCCACGGCCAUGGGAGCUGGCGAUCCCUCCCUAAGCUCGCAGGCCUGCUUCGGUGCGGGAAGAGUUGCAGGCUGCGGUGGGCAAACUACUUGCGGCCGGACAUCAAGCGCGGCCCCUUCACCGUCGAGGAAGACAAGUCCAUCAUCCAGCUCCACGCCAUCCUCGGCAACAAGUGGUCGGCGAUUGCGGCGCAAUUGCCGGGACGGACGGACAACGAGGUGAAGAACUACUGGAACACCCACCUCAAGAAGCGCCUCCACCUCCAACGCCACCAGCACCACCUCCUCCCGGCUGCCACUGGUAUCGGCGGCAGCCACAUGGCGCAGUGGGAGAGCGCCCGACUUGAAGCCGAAGCGCGCCUCUCGCGCGAGUCGCUCCUCUUCUCUGCCAGUGCCUCCGCCGUCUCCUCCUCCCCUGCCUCCGCCAUCGAUGCGGCGCCAGUGGCGUCCUCCUCCCAGCCCGAGGACUUCUUCCUCCGCAUUUGGAACUCAGAGGUCGGGACCUCCUUCCGGCAGCGGCGCCUGCCAGAGGAGGCGGAGAGCAAGAGCUGCGUGACAUUCGGGCCACAGCCGCCUCCGACGGCGGCGGCAGCGGGGAUGGACGUGGACUCGUCGGGGUCUAACGAGGUGGUGGCUGCGGAAGAGAUCUCCGACGAGGCGUACCAGCUCUACCUCGACUUCACCGGCGACGAUUUGGGGAUGCUACACGGCCAGCUCUCCGCCCUCUUCGCCGCCGACCUCAACGAUUCCUGCUUCGACUCCGCCUUCAAAUGACGGGUAGGCGUGCCAUCCAUAACCGACACCGAAGUCCAAAAAAAAACAAAAGAAGUCUUAGAUUUUUUUUUUUUUUCCGUUUUAGUGAGAUUGUACGCUCCUAGAUCGCCCGCGAUCUCAGAUUUUUGUGAUGCUCCUUGAAAAAGAUGACCUUUUUGGCAUCGUAAAUGGAGGCCUGAGGCGUUUCCUGUAAGCCAUCUCGGCUUUUGUUCAUCUUGUGAAGUGUAGUCGUUGUCGAUAUUUGAAGUAAUAUGUACUCAUUUAGUUACUGCCAAUCAAAUUUCUAGAAAAUACUAUAUUAACAACACUA